CCAUUGCUGAGUUUGUCAAAGAAAGAAGAAAAUUAUCCACAAACCUUUGAGGUAUAUGCAAAUUUCUUUCCACGUUGAAUUGCAAAAAUCAAUAAGUAAAAUAAUUAUUAGUGCAACAAUAUUGCGAAAAAACGUUUACUUAGCAAUUGUUUUAAAAGAAUCAAUAAGGUGAGAAGCAGAAAUACAUCCAUUGAGGAAAAGCAUUAGCGCAGACUGCGCUACAUAUAGAGUGUAAAACAGAUGAAAAUUAUGGCUGACUUGGACGCAGUACACUUAGGAUUGGACGAAAAUGAAGCAGAUAUAGCCGAAGAGUUACAAGAUUUCGACGACUCUUUUGACACAAGGAGCGAGGCGUCAGAAUCAGGUUCGGAGUCUUCAGUCUCCCAGCCUAGUAUUAGUUCUGUGAGCACGACUAUAUCGUCAAUCGGUGAAAAACGUAAAAAUAAAACAAAGAAAAAAGCUAGUAAAGAGAGUGAGAAGAAAGCAACUACGAAGCGUACAUCUUCGCCGGCGGUCGGAGCUGUAAACGGAAAAACUUCUGUAGGUGGUAAGAAAAAACGAAGUAACGAAGAAUCAUCAAAUAAAGACGAAUCGUCAACUAAAACUUCAGAAAGUAAAGGUACCAGCAGUAAAGAAAAGAAAUCGCAAAAAAAAGCUAGCAGUUCUAGCAAAAACUCUACUACUUCAGUAGCUAAUAGUAAUGGGCCGGCAAAUACAAGUAGUGGGUCUGUAUCGGCAUACGCCAAUACCAGUGGUAAUAAAAGUGAAGCCAGUGAUGCAGAAGACAAGCCUACAACGAAGACACCAUUUGACAGCGAUUCCGAAUCAGAAGAUUCUGAUUCAGCAGCAAAUAUUAAACGUAAUGGACGAAAGCCGAUAUCUAAGAGUGCUUCCCCCGAAAAGAAAACCCAAAGUGGGUCGACUACUAGUGGCAAAUCGUAUGAUUAUAUGACUAAACUAAACUACUUGUUUCGGGGUACUCACUUCUUCCUUAUUAAAUCAAAUAAUGCAGACAAUGUUGCCAUUGCUAAGAAUAAAAAUGUUUGGGCUACACUACCACAAAAUGAGGCAAAUCUUAAUCAAGCAUUCAAGGAAUCCCGGAAUGUUUUAUUAAUCUUCUCCGUCAACGAAAGUGGAAAAUUUGCUGGGUUUGCCCGCAUGAGUUCACAGUCGCGCAGAGAUCUUUCUCAUCCGGCAUGGGUUUUACCACCUAGUAUCUCUCCAAAGGCACUCGGAGGUAUAAUUGAGUUGGAUUGGAUAUGUCGAAAAGAGCUGUCAUUUAACUGUACUUCUCACCUAUACAAUACGUGGAAUGAAAGUAAGCCGGUUAAAAUUGGACGUGAUGGCCAAGAAAUUGAGCCCAAAGUAGGCUCAGAGCUAUGUCGCUUAUUCCCCGAAGAUGAGAAAAUCGAAAUGACACCUAUAUUACGAAAAUCGAAAGAAACUGCUAAAAUGAUGCGUGAAAAAGGAAUUCGUGUCUCAUAUCGUCCACCGCGAAGUUUAUCUUCUCGUGGUAGUCGCGGUGGUGCUGGCAGCGGUUUCCCGAGUUACCGCCAAGGCGACCGUCGAGCUGGUAGUAGUGGUGGUCCAAUGCGACAUAGGCGUACAUUUAGUUCCGGACCUCAUCGUCCUUAUAAACUUCCACCACUCGGUAUGCCACCGGGUGGCGGUUUUAAACGCUCAUCCUCGCCAUACCGCAGUAGUGGUAGCGUAGGUGCGGGUGGAAGUGGAGGAUCACGUGCUGGUGGAGGCGAUACUGGCUUGCCAUCAUGGGAUCGGUAUAUGAAUUCUGCCGAAGCAUACAUGGUAGACUACAUGCGCUCCAUGCAUGGACAACUGCCUCCAUUACCGUUCGUACCGCCAUUUGCGCAACUUCCACUAUCUGCUUCCGGUUCGGGUGCUUUACCGCCACCAGGUCCACCAUCUAUGUACGAUCAAUUACCGCCACCAGUGCGUUACUACGAUGGACCACCACUGCCAGAUUAUCCUCCACCUCAGCCAAUCAGGCCUCCACCACCUGGUUUUGACAAAGCACCAUCCUAUGAAGACUUCGCAGCAUGGAAAAAUGCCGGUUUACCCACGUUACCCGAUGGUAUGCCACCAGGUUUCCCGAGCUUUGGCAGCAGUGCUGGGACGUCAGCUUCCAAUGGUGGUAACAGCGGUAUUGGGGGCUCUAGCUCUGUCGGAGGUAGUGGUGGUUUUUCAAGUUCUACUAAUGCUAUUAAUGCAGGCAACACAUCAGGUGGUCCUAACAGUUUUCGUAGCAACAGCCAACGUUCCAACAACUCAAAUAUGAUGCGUCCACGUGAACGAGCUGGUGGUCGUGACUACCGUGGACCUAGCGGUGGUGUAAGUGGUGGCUCCGGAUCCCGCAGCGGUGGAAACGAUAGACAUUUCCGUGCUGGUGGUGGCAGCAGCGGUGGAGCGCGUAAUUACCGUGACGGUAGACGUUAAAACAACAAUGUGUCUAUGAAUAUGAUAUACGCAACAAAGGUGUAAAGUGAAGUAUUUACGGGCAGACGGUUACAAACGUCCUCCCAUUGUGAACGCGAAAACCACUAAAGAAAGCAAAAUUGAUGAAGGUUUUGUGUGAAAAAGUGCGUCGAAAUUCUUAAAAAAAAAUUUAAAUAAAAUAUCCCGAUAAAGAACCUCUUUAAAUGCACCCCGUAACCUCUUCGUGUUCGAACUAUGUAAUCGGAAUGAAUGUGUGUCGGAAAACGAGUGAGGUUUUGAGCUGCAUGCGAGUAAUAUAUUAUUCAAGUGCGGCUACUAAGUUCUUUAAUAUAAUGCUCUUCAAAUUACUUAAUAACGCGUAAAGUGAUUGCAAAAUUAGGCAAAAAAAUUUAACAUGCAAAAGGAUUUUAAAAUCCCUCAAAUAUAAAGUGUAUAUGUAUUAAAUCUUAAAAAGUUAUAUAGACAUUGAUAGAAACAAGAAAAUGACGCAUAUGUUAAUACUUUUUAGUUGUUUUAUCAUUAACAACUAAUUUAGUCGAAACAUAUAUUUUCAGUAAUAAGUCACUAAAAAUGAAAAUUUUUCAUUUUUUAAUUGGGAUUACAAGUGAAAAUCAAACAAAGUAAAAAAUAUUUUUAAAUACAUUUUAUUUAUAUGUAUAUGAAAUCAAUGAACAGCCUAUAUUGCAGUUCUAACUCGAAUGUUAAAGUUAUUAAAUUAAAAUUGCAAUGCAAAAACUUCAGUUCUUAAUACAUCAUGGCAUUGUUGGAUAUUUACAUAUUUUAUUACAAAUAUACUUGCAGUCCCAAAUUAUGAAAAUGAUAUCAAUAAAUGUAUUACUUCAGUUUUGUUCGCAUAAAUUAAAAAAAAAAAAGAUAUACAUAUAUAUUAUUGACUAAAGUUAAUUUUAAAAGUACAUGUUUAAAUUAUAACACACUGUGUCGCUGUACAACAAAAGCAAUUCCAUGGUAAAAGGAAUGAAAAGUUGACAAACUUUUUCAAUUAUAAAUACAAUGCAUAUACAUACUAUAUAAUUUUAAAUCAUAGUUAUAAUUAUACGUAUCGUAAAAAUAUAAACAAAACCAUA